GGAAGCGCGUCCAUUUUGUCAGCACGUACGAUCCCGAGUAGUCGACGCCGGUGCAAAGUAUAAUUCCCGUUCGCGACGAGUUCGUGUUACCGGGCCAGUGACUGUCUGUCGGCGGCGUUACCGGAUUUCCCAUUGCAGCCUUGAGUGCACAGAGAGCGCGACCGGCAGGCGUGAGAACCCGUGCUCGUGGAUAUAUCGCGCAGGAAUCUGAGAAGCCGUCGGAGGAGAAUCGUUGUCGCAGGGCCGCGAAACGCGUCGCGUACCCGGUUCGUUCCCGAUUCUAGUUAAGUUUUAGCGUGAAUGGCGGAACUACAGGGAACCCAGGUCAGUCAGGACGCCCUGGCUGUGGCCCAGCUAGAGCUCGGCGGAAAUCCAAAUGCCUUGGCGUUGCGUAGGCCAUUCGACCCCGUGGCACAUGAUCUAGACGCUAACUUCCGCCUUACGCGGUUCGCCGACUUGAAAGGAUGAGGGUGUAAAGUCCCUCAGGAGGUUCUUGGGAAACUCCUCGAGGGACUACAGGCCGACGAUGGUAGCGCACAAGAUCAUGAACAUGCCCAUUUUAUGCACAUGGCCAUUCCACGCAUCGGCAUUGGCAUGGAUUCCUCCGUGACUCCGCUGAGGCACGGCGGACUGAGUCUGGUGCAAACUACAGACUUUUUCUACCCGUUAGUCGACGAUCCUUAUAUGAUGGGUAAAAUUGCAUGCGCUAAUGUUAUCAGCGAUUUGUACGCCAUGGGAGUCACAGAAUGCGACAAUAUGUUAAUGUUGCUGGGAGUCAGUACAAAAAUGACUGAAAAGGAGCGAGACGUUGUUGUACCGUUGAUCAUGAGAGGAUUCAAAGAUUCCGCCUUGGAAGCUGGCACGACGGUGACAGGAGGACAGACAGUAGUUAACCCUUGGUGUACGAUAGGUGGUGUUGCUUCUACCGUUUGUCAACCAAAUGAAUACAUUGUGCCAGAUAAUGCGGUCGUCGGCGAUGUUCUUGUUUUAACGAAACCACUUGGAACGCAAGUUGCCGUUAAUGCCCAUCAAUGGUUAGACCAACCAGACCGCUGGAAUAGAAUCAAGCUCGUGGUCAGCGAAGAUGACGUGAGAAAAGCUUACCAGAGGGCGAUGGACAGCAUGGCCAGGCUUAACAGAAUAGCGGCAAGAUUAAUGCACAAGUACAAUGCACACGGAGCGACAGACGUUACCGGCUUUGGCCUCUUAGGACACGCACAAAACCUAGCCAAACACCAGAAGAACGAAGUUUCUUUUGUUAUUCAUAAUUUACCUGUUAUCGCUAAGAUGGCAGCUGUAGCGAAAGCAUGCGGUAACAUGUUCCAACUCCUUCAAGGUCACUCUGCGGAAACUAGCGGUGGAUUGCUUAUUUGUCUGCCUAGAGAACAGGCUGCGGCAUAUUGCAAGGAUAUCGAAAAACAAGAAGGUUAUCAGGCAUGGAUUAUAGGUAUCGUAGAAAAAGGCAAUCGCACAGCAAGGAUAAUCGAUAAACCACGAGUAAUAGAAGUUCCAGCUAAAGAAAAGGACGGGGAACUCUGGUAAAAGGGU